AAAUAAAAAAAAAAACAUCUUUCCCAAAUAAAGAAUUUUAAUUGAGUGAAAAUAACUAGAUUUUAUAAAAUCUCUUACAAUAAAUUUUGUUUUUUUUUUUUUUUUUGUGUAAAUAUAAGAAUAAAUUUGAUGUUAUUUUGAUUAUAUCAAAAUUUUACAAUAGGAAAUUUGGUGUGGUUUGGAUCAAGUCUUAGAAAUCUCAAAUACGCCUCUUUUUUAAGUUAAGAAAAAGAAAUUAAAGAUAAAAUACGUUUUUUCAAUUUUUGUAAUUCUUUUCUUCUGUAUUUAUUAAAGUGUGGACUAAAUUUUUAAGGAAAAAAUGCUUGUUCUAGUAUUGGGUGAUUUACAUAUACCGCAUAGAUGCAGUAGUUUACCAGGAAAAUUUAAAAAAUUAUUAGUACCAGGUCGAAUACAUCAUAUACUUUGUACUGGAAAUUUAUGUACAAAAGAAUCAUAUGAUUAUUUAAAAACAUUAGCAAAUGAUGUACAUAUUGUUCGUGGUGAUUUUGAUGAAAAUUUGAAUUAUCCUGAGCAAAAAGUUGUAACUGUUGGUCAAUUUCGUAUUGGUUUAUCACAUGGUCACCAGGUUGUUCCUUGGGGUGAUCCAGAAGCUUUAGCUUUAAUACAAAGACAAUUAGAUGUUGACAUAUUAAUAUUCGGUCAUACUCAUAAAUUUGAAGCAUUUGAACAUGAAAAUAAGUUUUAUAUUAAUCCUGGUUCUGCAACAGGAGCAUACAAUCCAUUGGAAAAUUAUGUAACACCUUCUUUUGUAUUAAUGGAUAUACAAAGUACAACUGUUGUAACAUAUGUUUAUCAAUUACUUGGUGAUGAUGUUAAAGUUGAAAGGAUAGAAUAUAAAAAAAGCUAGGAAAAUUUUUUAGUGUUUACAUUUAACUACGGAAAAUAAAGACCUAUUUUUUUGUUUCCUAAUUUAAAAAUUAUAUUAUAUAUAUACAUAUAUAUUUAUAUAUAAUUAAAUAAGCUAAAAACAUUAUUAAGUAAAAAAAAUAUUUCUUAAAAGCAUUAAGUAAAACAAAUUUAUUCUUCAUAUGUAUAUGUACAGUUUCUGAAUUGUACAUUUUUUCUUUUCUAUUUUAUACAAAAAAUAUUUUAUUUCUACAAUUUAUAAUUUAACACAGUAUAUAUACAUGUAUAUUUUCUUGUUUUUCAUUAAAUUUUUUUUUUUUUAAAUAAAACAAUAUUGUAAAAACAUUUCUAAAUGAAAUAAUAAAAAGAAAAAUAUAAGG